GAGAACAACAACAGUAAAGGCAGUAAAGAACGAAUUUUGCAAACGCGUGGUAUUAGAUUUGUUUUGCUCGUAGGAAGCGAACAUUUUUGCAUAAAAAGAGGCGAAAGGUUUGUGUAUUUGCAGUCUGGCGGAUUUAUGAACUCGGAGUCGUAGUUGGGAAAGAAUUUGGGUCGGUUUACGCAUAAAAACUGCUGGAAAAUGGCUGAUACGUUUCCCACUGCAACUACACUGCAACCAAAGUCUCCCCAGAAAAAUGGUCAAUCGCAUCCUGAAGGGCUUGUCGACAAUCACAAACAAAAACAGAAGAAGGUGAAGACUUCACAUGAUAGCAGCAAAGAGUUGAACGGCGUAAAGACGGACAACCAGCUUUUUAUCAAGUCCGCAAAAGACAAGCAACAUGAUCGGAAAUCGCGAAGCGGACGAAAGGGGGCGCCGAAAAAAGGUAGAUUUAAAUUGCGAAUGCCAUUAUUUUGAUAUGGUAAUAUCUUAUCCAUCUUUUUGUGAUAUAAUAUUGUUAUUGUGGGUAUUGAGCCAUAAGGGAUUUUGGCAGCUUUUGUGGGUUUUAGACAUGGCCCAAUUUGGAGUUGCAGCUUUUGGAGCAGGUCUCUCCUGCAUAGAAUAAUAUUAAAGUACAUUUGUACUGUUGUUUUUGCAAAUAAUUUCUGUAAUAUUUACUAGUAAGGACUGCAGAAAUAGCAAAAUUUUCAUCUAAAAGGAUGGUUUCAUAUUUGAUCCUCUAAUUUUAUGCUGAUAAAUGCGGUUAUCGCUUUAUAAUAUAUAUUAUAAAUCAAUAAAUUACAGCUUGUCUGCGCUUAAAUUUUUGCAAAAAUGGCUAAUCUUGCUUUAUUAAGGGUUUUAUCCACGUCUUUAUCAAUGAUUAACGUAUUUGUGUUUAAAUUUAAUGCUUUUCAGAGUUUGGAAAUAAAUUUAUGCACGUCUAAAUGAUAUGCGACGUGCUCUGGUGCAGGAUCGACCACAUGCUUCAAUUGACAAUGCGCUGGCAUGGAAACGUAUUUUCAUCUUGAGAUUCAGUACUUUCAUGUUGUUUAAUUAUUGAAAAUUAAGUUGUUAGCUAGGAGGUAUUUAGAUAACCUUUACUGGAAGAGUUUGUCAUCCUAGAUGAAAUAACCGUACAAUAAAAUAUUUUUGUUUAAUUAUUAACUAUUAAAAUUAAUGGAGACUCCUUUGAUUCUUUCCUAUCCCAAGUCAAUGGAGUGGCAAUUAAAAUCUCAAAAUCUUUUUUUACUUCCUGCCUGUUUUCUGUAGAUUUUUGUCAUCUCCUGAUUUUGUGAAAUCCUGAAUCCAACCAGUUUUGCCAUAUCCCUAUUUCAUUAGGCUAUUUUGGACAUGUGUUCCAGUUUUCUUGAUAUUUUUAGUUGAAUUUUUACUUUGUUAUUUUAAGCUAAAAUAAUCGUUAUUUAAAAUGAAACAUGAAACUGUAAUAAAUGUAAAUAUGGGUCACUCCACACCUCAACUACAGAGUAAAUUAACUCAUUGGGCACCAGUAUUCUCCCCUUGACAAUUGGAAUUGCCUGGCAUUAGACAGUAAAAUAAUAACUAUUGUGCAUUGGGGUGCAGUGCAACCUAAUGGGUUAAAGAUGUAGCAGGGUUUGUUAAUUGUUACAUGUCAACUUUGUUUACAUUUUUGUAUUACAUUUAACCCUUUAAGUAGCAAAGCACCCUGCUGUGUCCUACUUUAUCAUUUUACUCAGUCUAACGGCAGACUGUUUUAUUCUUCAAGGUAAUAGUGCUGCCAUUCAACAGGGUUAUUCAGACUAUCUGCCAAUGCAUCCUAACAUUUCAAGUAAAAAUGUGCCCUGGUGCACCCCAUUUUAUUAUUUUACUUUGUCUAACACCAGACGAUUUUGCUCUUCAUGAGUGCUGCCAUCAUGAGUGCUGCCACUCAUUGAGUGAUUAUAUUAUAUUAGGUGGGGCAGGUGGUAAAGGAACAUGGGGAAAACCAGGGGAAGUUUAUGAUGAUGAGGACAUGAUGAAUGAUGAACUAGACCCAAACUAUGACUCCGAGGAAGCCGAGGUAAAAUUUAUAAAAUUCGCCAGAAAUAGUUUUCAAAAUACCAGUUGAUAUCCAUUGAAUAAUGUCACAUCCUAAAGGCCAUUUUCCACUUCAACCAAUAUAUCGUAUCCAAGCGUAGCAUAUUUCGUUGUUUCCUGAACACUAGAGUGGAACUAAUGACUUGGACACAAAAGAAAAUGCUACGACAUACAUUACGAUACGGUUGAAGUGGAAAACUGCCUUAAUUCAAGUUGCAAAGUAUGCGAAACAUGAAAUUGACGUAUUGGGUGGGUGUAUAGGUGGGUCAAAAUGCUGUGAUGUUUUUGCCAUGGCCAUAUGGCAAUCAAAACUGUGAUCUAUUACAAUCACAAUUAAUAAGCAACUUAAUUAAUGUCAAUUGUAGCCAUACAGUGCUAAUACAUGACUGUAACUUGAACUUAUCCCAUGAUUAUAGGAACCAUACCUUGAAGAACUAAAACCUGAACUGACAGAAGAAGAAUUUAACAAAUUCAUUGAGCCAGUCAUUCAAGUAGGUGUUGCUGUAUGCACUAGAAGAUUUAAAAUUUUCAUUUGAUAAUCCCUAGUCUGCCCUUAGCUAUUGAAAUAUGUUUCCUGGAGUGACCCAUGAAAUUAACAUUUGCUCCUAGCAUCCAUCAGGAAUAUCUCCAACCAUGCAAUUUAGUGUUUGAUCCAAAAAACAUUUUAUUAGAAAACGUCGGACGUCUGACUAUUGUUUCAGUCCCUGUUUCUCAUGGCGCUAUAUUAAUUGAUUAUAAUGUCUGAUCUUCUUUGUCUAGGAAUAUUAUGAACAUGGUGAAACACAAGAAGUUAUUGUAAGUUAAUCAUUGAUAUUAAAAUUGUCUGCAAUGUAAUAAUUUAUUGUGCAUUUUUUCAUUACAGUAAUAAUUCAUAUGCUACAACUUAAGUGACUUGAAUACCAGUACUGCAUUGUCUAAUGAAGGCAACCAUCCCAUCUUUGGAUAGUGGAUGGCAGUCGUUUUCAAAAGGCAAACAUGUACUGAUUAAAAGGAUUACUUUUAUUGAUUUAAUGCUUUAUUAUGUAGCAACUGUCAGUGUGCAGGGAAUUAACCUGGGCAGUGAGUGCCAGCAUUCUCCCCCUGACAAGCAAAAUCGUCUGGUAUUAGGGGCUGAUUACAUGGAGAGUUUUCAGCCCGGGCUGCCUGGUUAAACGAGCUGAAAUUGCAUCACAAUUACAUGAGCAGUUUGAGCCCGAGCUGAGUUAAGUCAGAGCUAUAUUUUUAGUCGACCCGUUGUUAGUCAGAGCUAUAUUUUAUUAUAGUCAACUCUCCACUUGACUAGUAAACUUGUAUGGCGUUAGGCAGAGUAAAAUACUAUUUAAGCAGGGCGCAUCAGGGUGCAUCGCCACUUAAAGGGUUAAUUUUAUUUUUUGUCUCAGUUAUCCCUGAAUGAGCUGAACAUCCUGUCAUCUAUGAAACACAAGGUAAGUUUGAUUAAAUAAGAAAACAGCCCUUGACCAGUAAAAGUGUCUGACAUAGACAGAGUAGCUUGUAGUAAAUAUAACAAAACAAAACAAGAUGUGAGUCUAAUUGCUACUUAAUCAGUCAAUUAUAUAUCUCGUUUGAUAAUUUCUUGAUUUAAAUUUUUUUGCAGAUUCCAGCUUUAGCCGUAACCCUUGCAAUGGAAAAGAAGGUACACAUUAAAUUUCCGAGAUUAUCAAAUGUUAAUUAAUUAGCAGGAAAAUGAAUAUUUUAACAGAUUAUGUUUUUCUCUAUUAAGAAUAUAGGGAUAUGAAGACAGAGUUUUUUUAAUGGUAUAUUUUGUCUAUGCUUCAGGAUGCCCAGAGAGAAAUGGCAUCUAUUCUGAUAUCUGAUCUUUAUGGUGUGAUUGUAACUGAAGAUGAAAUUUCUCAAGGUAAAAACACAUUGAACUAACCAAUAUCAAUCUAAAUCACCUACGAAACAUUUUACUUUGACCAUUGUCCAAGAAAAGUUGAUACUAGUAAAUGUCCGAUCAUAUUUUGUCUUGGCCAGACAUUUGUCAUUCCAAGCAAAAUAAUUAUUUGCAGGUUUGCAUUAAGGGUUUUCUAUAUUUUUUUUAGGAUUUAUGGAUGUCCUGGAUGAUUUGGAAGAUAUUACUUUGGAUACUCCAGAUGCUCCAGAAGUAAGAGUCAUAAUUUUUAUUACCAAUAAAUAAAUAUUGUAAGCAUGAUAGUGGAAUUGUAAUACUGGCACAGUAAUUGUACAACUGUAAUGUACUACAAUGCGUAUAGGGAUUGAAUUUUAUGAAACAUCUCUCUGAGCAUGUUUUGGUAACAAAAGUAUUUUACGUUCAUAUAUUUGCAGCCACAAGUGAGGUCCUUUCAAUAUAUGAAAAUGUUUCAUGCUUCCAAGUGCUCAUUUUUUUAACAAUGUUCAGGUGCUGGGCAAGUUCAUUGCACGGGCAGUUGCGGACGACUGUCUACCCCCUGCAUUUGUGAAGAACUACACGGAAGACACAAGUGCAGAAUCACUUCAGAGAAAAGCUUUGAGCAGAGCUGAUGUCUUACUGAAAAUGAAACAUGGCAUGGUGAGGCUUGAUAAUGUUUGGGGUGUCGGAGGUGGACGACGUCCUGUGAAGCAGUUGAUUAAGAAAAUGGUGUUGUUGUUGAAGGAAUAUCUUUCUUCUGAAGACAUUGAAGAGGUAGUUUGGGUAGAAAGUAUAUAAAAUAAAGUGCAAUGAAAAAUUUGUAAACAAAAAUUUCCAAUAGGAGUUCCUCUUCCUUCUCCCGAUUUCCUAUACAGAUUCCUAUAGGAUGUUCGGAUUUCUACACAAAUACAAAGUUCCUAAAAGAACUCUUAUGGGAAUUAUAUGGGAAUUUCCUGUAGAAAAUUUUCUGUAGGAAUGGGAGACACAUUGACCCUGGAAAAGUUCAGGGAAAUUAUUGUGGUAAUGGUGACAGGAUAUUGCUUUUCCAAAUUGAAAACUACCCCCCCCCCCCAGUAAAUCAAUACGUGGAUAAAAAUAGGAAUUAAAUCAAAUCAAUGUAUUCAAAGCAAAGUGAAAAACCAAAGUUAAAAUAUGUUUGUCUUUCCAGGCCAGUCGUUGUUUGGAAGAACUGGAGGUGCCACAUUUCCAUCAUGAGCUUAUUUAUGAGGUGAGGUUUUCAUUUCUUUCAUGUCCUAGUACGUCUUCCCUGGCUCAUUGACUCAUGCUAUUCUUAUUACAGGCCAUGGUUAUGUUGUUUGACAAGGAGGAUGCAAGAGUUGUCAAGAAAAUGGUGAAGUUGUUCAAAGCAUUUACUUUAAGUAAUAUUGUCACACCAGAUCAGUUCAUUUCGGUACGUCGAUAUAUUGACAAAUUAUAUAAGCAUAAAGACAGCCGGAAACCUCAUAAUCAUACGUCACCAAAUCACGGUAUACCAUAUCGUUGUUUAGGGAUUUGAACGCGUGUAUCGCUCUAUGGACGACCUGAGUCUUGAUUCACCGCAUGCAUAUCAAAUCCUGGAGACAUUUUGCAGUGACUGCCUUCGGGAAAAUGUCAUCACUGAAGAACUGAAAGAGAAAAUGCCAGCAAGGUAAGUGACUAGUUCCUACAAUCUAAUUGGUCGAAAUUGGCUGAACUCUCUGACGUCAUUAUUGCUAAGCCUAGUACUUCUUUGCAAGCAUGUUACGUAAGAUCCAAUUUUUGUUUUUCUCUGUUGUAUUGUGAACCUCUAUUUUGGGCAAUUUGCUGGGGGGUUGGAGUCAUGCCACAAAUUUGUGCGGGAGUGCGAUAGAAAAUCAGUAAGAUCUCUCAUAAAUCUUCAACUGACGGCUUCAUUUUAUACUGAAUCGCCCAGUCUUUUGUGGAUAUUUGAAGUUACGAUCGAAGUUAUACUCGCCCCAACCAUCUUGGUUUUUUCGAAAUUUUUGAACAUGAAAAAAGUUAAGUGCUUCAUCUCAUUGGGUAAGUUCACGUUGUGUGAAAUUCUAAACUAAGAUGUUAAUAAUUCGUUACUAUAUAAAUUGAAUCUUUAAUAUCUUCUAUCCCGAGUUUUCCUAGUAAUCUAAAUAUAAACUUAGAUAUUCAAACACGUAUUAUGCAAGAGUUUUUUUACGUUUAGGGGACGGAAAAGAUUCGUGAGUGAAGGUGAUGGCGGUGUGUUGAAACAUUGACCUCUGGCAAGCUGGAAAUCUGGGCACCCCCACCUGGCACUGUGGAAUAUGUCUUUUAAUUGGUUUGCGUGUAUUGUUUGAAAAUGAUAUGAAUUGUUAUCAACGGUCUUGUAAAUAGAAGAGAAUGCGCAAAACGGCAGCUCUAAGCUGUUCGAGUGAAAUUUUAAAGUUUUGGGGUAUUUUACUGUUGCUUAUGUCGGUGUGACAUCUUCAAUUUUAAUUCUUUGUAGUGUCUUUGUAGCAUUACCAACGUGUUCUUCAUUUUUGCUUGGCAAAUUCUCACAUCUCAGCGCGAUAUGUUCUUAACAGACUUGUAACAAUACUGUCAUUUUAUCGAAUUUGCACGAGUUUGUCACUCGGAACUUCUUAACAGUAGAAAAAUUCGCGAUAAUUCGCGUACUUAGGAGGUACAGGAGGUACGCCAUUAUUACGAUCUGGUACUUGCAUUUUGCUGGUACCAUAUGGUAUAUGAUGGUAGCGUAUGAUGGUAGCGUAUCAUGGUGGUAGCGUAAGAUAUACAUUAUACGUGGCCAUCCAUUAUGCUGUAUAUCAUCAUACAGGCUUACUUUUUAAAACUGAACCUCACCCCCUUAACUCUAACGGGGGCAAUACCCUAACUAGGGGAUGGUGAGGAUGUUGUCAGUAGCGUGAUGAUACAUGUUCAUAGUUUUAUAAAAAUUGAUGACGUCAUACCGCAAUAAGCGAAUGUAAAUUGAUCAUAGUUAGUUGUGUCAUGUUUUACCGCUGACAAACAUUGGGUUGCUCGCAUGCACUGGGCACGAGUGGGAAGCAUUAUGGUCGUGAUUGUACAAUAAUAUAAAGUGAUGAACUUAUGUAGUGGGUGCAUGCCAGGCCCGAUUUCCAGCUAUGUAUAACGAUGUAUUACUAAUUGAAUUUUCGCCGUUGUCAAUAAAUAUGCUGUGAACAUUCA